AUGGAAUCAACACUACCAAAAGAGGAAAAGUAAGUUUAAUAUUUCUCCAAGGACUUUGAAUACGAAGAUCAUUUGAAGCAAGAGUCAGAGAAGCUAUCACAUUUAUUGGACAAACUAUCCUUGAAGGAAUACUCACUAGAUUAAUAAAUGGAGAUAUAGUAGAUAGCACAAGAGUCUUGGGAUGAGUUUUACAAAAAUAACCAGGACAAGUUUUUUAAAAACAGAAAUUACCUAUCCUUCGCUUUCGAUCUAAUCACAAAACAUAUCGAGGAUAACUAAGACAAGGAAGAAAAACUUUACCUUUUUGAGGUGGGAAGUGGUACUGGGAAUACAAUAGUACCUCUUCAUGAUAAAUACAAUUCUGUGAUGAGAUUUUAUGCUUGCGAUUUCAGUCAGAAUGCAGUUUAAUUGCUUGAUAAUCUAAAAAUAUGUGAGAAAGCUUUUGUGAAAGAUAUGGUAAAGGGUGACUUAGUUGAGAUUGAUGAUGAUAAACUAGACUUUGUGACCAUGAUAUUUUUCUUAUCAGCAAUACAUCCUAGUGAACAUCCUCAAGUUAUUAAUAAAAUAGCAUAAAAGAUGAAAAAAGGAGGUAGCAUUUUAUUUAGAGAUUAUGGAGCAUAUGACCUUGCAAUGAUGAGAUUUAUUAAUAAAAAGAAAGGUAUAAUAGACUUGGAUAAGAUGAUAUUCUAAAGAGGUGAUAAAACACUAGCCUGCUUUUUUACCAUUGAAAAAUUAGUUGAAGUAAUGGGGUAAAAUGGCUUUGAGUGUGUUCAGCAAGAAUAUUGUACAAUUGAAAAUAAAAAUAUCAAGAGAAAUUUAGUAAUGAGAAGAGUAUUUAUUAAUGCUAUUUUCCAAAAAUAAUGA